AUGAAAUCUACCAGGCCCGGCUCAGCUGCAAGUGCCUCAUCCUGCUCCUCAAUAACAGGAUCCCUCACUAGAUCCAUUGGUGGUACAACGGGAGCAACUCUUGGACACCCUCAUCCUCUGAUAGGAGCUAGAUCUCUCCCCUGGCUUCGGCCUCAUCCUCUAAUAAUGGGGAAAUCAACUCCUCUACCGCCGGGUACAUCUACCGCGCAUGUUCUCACCAUCCGUAUUCACUACUGGAUCGGAGCUCGGACAUCAAAAUUUGUUGGUGGGAAAUUGAAUAAGGUCUCAAAACUCGAGAGGGGUAAGAACGGGAUAGGUAUCUUGGUUGACAGGGAUCUUAGAGAGCUAGUGGUAGAAAUUUGGAGGGUGAAUGACAGGCUGAUGGCUAUAAAGCUGGGUAUAGGAGGGUCUACUUUAAAUGUGAUUAGUGCUUAUGCGCCUCAAGUGGGUUUGGACGAAGAGAUUAAGAAGCACUUCUGGGAAGAAUUUGACGGGUGUACGUGGCAUUCUGCUCACCAAGAAGUUAUUCAUAGGAGAGUUAGGAACAGAGGAGGUACUGUGUUGUUGGACUGUGAUAAAGCCUUGGAUUUAGUUAUUGCCAACUCGUGUUUUCUAAAAAGGGAUAAGCACGUGGAUACAUUCUGGAGUUCGUUGGCUAAGACUCAAAUUGAUUAUCUACUCCUCCGGAAGUGCGAUAGGAGUCUGUGCAUGGAUUGCAAGGUUAUGCCCGGCGAGAAUGUCACGACUCAGCAUAGAUUAUUGGUGAAGGACAUAGAGAUCGUGAGGAAAAGGAGGAAGAAAGCUGAUGAUGCCCAACUCUAG